UGUUCGGGAGUGUUUGGAAGUGUUAGAAGCUGUUGCAUAGCAAGGACUAGUGACAACUUACAACGCAGAACAUUUAGUGUGUGCUGUACUGAUUUGUGGAGUGUGUAGCUUAUUGAGAGCAUAAUCUUUUGUUGUAGUUACGAGUCACAAACGUUCAGUAAAUCCAGUUAUCAACCAAAUUUCUUGUCUGGUCACAAAAAUAUGGCAACUAGUGUUAUUGUUAGUGUAAAUGCACCAACGAAUACCGAACAUUCUGAAGAGAACGGAUCUGAAGGACCAAGUCUGACUGCUGGAAUUACGAAUCAGUCUCCUCCGCAUAGAGAUGAGGCUUCUAACUCUUCAUACCACAGCUACAACGCGGAAGACAUUGACGAGUGGUUGAAGCAAAAUUACGAAGUAGCUGAGGGUGCGGUUAUUCUCCGUUCUGCAGUUCGUGAUCAUUACCUCCGUCACUGCGAGAGAAACAAAUUAUAUCAUGUUACUGCUCCAAUAUUAGGGAAGCGCAUCCAUGUUAUUUUUCCUGGCGUGGUAUUGAGAAGACUUGGUAAAAGGGGCAAUUCUAAAUAUCACUAUUCUGGUAUUCGUGCAAUUCGUGCAUCAGAAACAUAUCAGUUUUCAGGAGACCAGAACUCAGUUGUUCGCCAACCAUCAUCACAGAUACUUUACAAAUUGCCGCCACGCCCAGAUGGGAGAAUAAGUGAUAUUCAGAAGAGAGAAUACCAGUGUGAGCAAAAUACUACAAAGCAUUCAGGCAGCUGCGAUAUCUCAAAUUCAGCAUCACAGCAUCUUUAUCAGCAGUACCUUAUCAGCAGCGAUAGAGCAGGAGCAGUACCUGAAUUUCCAGUUAUAGACUUUCCUCCAGAAAUUCCCAUACCUCAAUACUGCACCGUGGAAGAUGUGGACACAUUUCGCAGUAUCUACCGAGAACACUGUGAGGCACUCCUGAAUGCAGUUGUGAACCUGGAAUUCCGGACAGUUGAAAGUUUGUGGACAAAAUUCUGGCGUUGCCAGGAUAAAAGGAGUGACGAUGCAUUUGAAGAGAAGGGUUUGUCCAAAACAAAACUGUAUCUGUUAUGCAGUAGUUGGCCAAUUCAACAGUUUGUUUGGCGUGUGGAUUGCCUGUUUUAUCAGAAUCUACUUGCGGUCCUCUUUCCUGAUGUCCUUCGGCCAGUUUCGAGAUCAUUAGCACACGCAAUUCGCAACUUUGCAGAGAUGCUGGAAUUGUGGCUAACAGGAGCUAUGAAAGGCUGCCCUGAGGAAAUUACGUACAUAAAAAUAUCAACUGUGACUGCACUGGCACAAAGAUUACGUCGCUAUAGCUCACUAAACCGUCUGGCUCAAGCUGCACGUUCCGUCCUUGAGAACUCUUCACAGACAGACCAGUUACUUGAGGACCUCAAUAGAGUUGACUUCUGCAGUGUGCAAGAACAAGCAUCAUGGGCGUUUCAGUGUGACGACAGCAUGGUACAACAACUGGAAGCACACUUCAGAAAUACACCACAUCAGCAGAAUUCAUUGGAGCCAUGGAUAGUCUGGCUGAACGGUAUCACUGCACAGGUGUUGAAACCACAUGAAGGAAAACCAACCUUUGCCGCGGCUGCAAGACAGUUCUUACUCAAUUGGUCAUUUUACAGCUCCGUGGUCUUCAGACACCUAACCCUUCAACAUUUAUCAAGAUCUACCUCCCUUCACCUGAUCCGUCUGCUGUGUGACGAAUACUUAUUCUUCCUCGUUGAGUACCACGUGGCUCUGGAGACAGGGGAAACUUUUAUUGCGGCCAUGACACAAAAAUACAAAAGCAUUUUGUACAACUUGAGAGACUUCAUUAACGGGGAUGUGCAUCUUACAGUGGCAGUUCCUGUCCCUGUUGGAAUGAAGACGGCUCCCACAAGCCUAGUGGUUGGAACUCACGAAUUUAACUACCAUCCAGUGCCCACGAAGCGCUUGAAGAUCUGCGAACAACUGCAGUAAUUCCAGUCGAGAAGAGCUGAAGAUGUACUGUGUCGGCAUACAUAAAAUUUCAUCCUGCCAUCAUAUGCCAUAUUUGCCUGAGGCUUAGGCCAACAGCUUGUAUGAUGUAUACGUGAGUAUACAAGAUAACACCGAAGAUAGUGGUAGCACAUCUGGACCGACUGCCGCCUUCCCACGGAGCCCCUGAGGAAGGAACAGUUGGAGAAGAGCAGCGCGAGACCUGUUUUCUGAAGAAUGAUUGGCGGACGCAGUCGAAACUGGAAGAAAACUCGUCAGACCAGCAUGACGUUGUGGUGUAAUUCACAAGGACGAUCAUAUACCCUCAUAUGCAUUGACAUGUAGGCUUAGCGUGUGUGCUGUAGGACAGUGAUAUUGGGAGUGUGUGGUUGAGACGUUUAUAACUGCUGUGUAAAAUCCGUUGACAGGAAACGAAUAGUGAAAACACUGUUAAGGCUUAGCCAUAAUUCAGAUCUGUUACCUAGCAAUGGCUAGUGCAUGGUUGUAUAGAAGACUUUAUUUGUGUGUUACAAUUACAG